GAAGAGAGAGAGACACACACGCAGAUAGAUAGAUAGAGAGAGAGAGAGAGAGAGAGAGAGAAAACUGCAUCCCAUCGCAUCUUCCAUCCCGUCUUGCGUCGUAGCCCCAACCCGUUCGGUCGCCCCCGGGUCCCAUGAUGCCUCCGAGAACGAGCGAACGACCGGAGCCGUCGAACAACGACCAAGUCCUCCCCCUCCUCCUCCUCCUCCUCGGCCGCCGCUGCCACCGCCGUGGCUAAAGAAACAGACCGAGACCGAGAUCCGAUUCCCCCAUCCCCUUUCAGAUGGCCGGCGAGACGGGCACCAUCUCGGUCUCCCAGGUCCAGGCGAUGGUCAUGAUCGCCUUCGCCGCGACCGCGUACUACAACACCAUCGAGAUCUUCUUCUCCAUCUUCACCACGUUCAAGCGCCGGCGGGGCAGGUACUUCUGGAGCAUGAUCGUCGCCAACGCGGGCAUCAAUGUCAACGUCAUCGCCUUCGUCCUGCGCUACUUCGGCUACUACCAUGAGGCCGUCUUCGCCUCCAGCAUCAUCAUCCCGCUGGCCUGGUACUCCAUGGUCACGGGCCAGGCCAUCGUCCUGUGGUCGCGUCUCCAUCUCGUCGUUCACAGCCAGCGCCAGAUCCGCCUGGUCCUGGCCAUGAUCGUCUUCAACGCCGUCACGAUGCACAUCCCCGAGACCGUCAUCUUCUUCCUCGCCAACAAUGUCGGCAAGCAGUGGGCCGGGCCCUUCAAGAUAUACGAAAAGGUCGAGCUGGUCGUCUUCACCGUCCAGGAGACCGUCAUCGCCGCCCUCUUCCUCUACCAGGGCUACAAGAGCCUCAAGCCGCUGAGCGCCAUCCGGCCCAAGGCCGUCACCAACAUGGUCCGCCACCUGGCCGCCCUCUUCACCGUCGUCUUCGUCCUCGACACGGGCCUCAUCAUCCUCGAGUACAGCGACAAGUUCGAGAUCCAGACCAUGUGCAAGCCCUUUGUCUACAGCGUCAAGCUCAAGGUCGAGUUCGUCGUCCUCAACAAGCUGCUGGCCUUCACCCGCAUGAGCACCUGCAACUGCCGGGGCCCGGAGAGCAUCCCCUCGGCCACGCUGGCCCUCGCCGGCGGCAGCGGCAACAGCAACAGCAACAACCGCACGUCGGCGCCGGGGGCGCGGGGGACGCGGGGGAACAAGAAUGGCAACCCGGCGGAGCUGGCGCUCCCGGACGUCGAGCAGACGGGCGGGUCGCUGUCGCCCAUCUGGCAGUCCAUCCAGAGCGACCGCAUCUUCGACGGGCGGACGUCCCCGACGAGCACGCGCAGCCGGCGCCGGGCGAAGGAGAACGGGGGAUUCGAAAUCACGACGACGGAGGCCACCUCGCCCCUCUCGCCGCCGCCACCGCCGAUGAAGACCAUCAAGGACGAUGGCUGAGUACUGCGGAUGGAAAAAAAGGUCGAAAUUUCUUAUCACAGCUCAAAGUGCCAUACUCAACGGGCGGUUUCUGGAGCUUUUGUGGCUCAACCGGAGACUUUGAUCGAGAAUCAUGGGAUUACCUAGCCACCUGAGCUGUCAGACUUUUUCAGAACAGCAACUACGAUAUUCAGAAGCCCGGCUUGUGAUGAAAGCGUAGACUUGACCCCUCCACUCGGCCGAGAAGCAAUCCUUUUGCUUCCAAAAGGAAGCAGGUUUUCUCGGGCGGUUCCAGCCAUCGGGUGUUUCUCCCGCUGCGGCUCUUCUUUCUGGGGGGCCGUAUCAAAGCUGAGAGCGGGUUGGGCCGGACAGUUUGAAUCUGCGACUAGACUUGAAUCUCGUGGCGCCCAUCUCUCUCUCUCUCACUCUCUCCCAUGCUCGAGGAGCCGGGAACGCAGCUGUCAAUAUCAACCAGUCGCGGAAGAGCCUUGAAUCAUUUGUCACGAAGGCCAAACUGCAUCAACAUGGUUUCCCGACGGCCGCUCCAGCAGCCAGGGAGGGAUAGGGAGUUGAUGAUUUCGUGAACUUUCCCAAGGUUCACAAAUACUACGUCAAGGGACUCAUGCCGAGUCGAGGGAUAGUUUAGUCUCAGUAAUAAAUCCCCAAGAGGGCAACUCAUCAUAUCUAA